UGUGAGGUUUACGUGGUUUCUUAAGUGAGAAGUAGAAAAACUUUUUUUGACAUUAUUAUUCACCUCUCAAACAGUGGUAACACAUGACGCCAGGUGAUGCGGACAAAUGACAAUUUCUGGGACUAAUCCACAAAGGAGAACGGGGGACGGGGGAAGGGGGAGGAUGUAGAAACGUCAGCCAAUAUUCCCUGGUGUUUUCUUGGUACUGAGGUUCCAGGAUAACCCCUGACCAAGCCAGGUUCACUCCACGCAAAAGUGCGCUUAUUGCAAAACUUAAGAAUGGAACGACUCGCCAGUCGCGUUGUAUAUUUGUAAAUGUCGAACAGAGAAAUAUCAUCCGAAGGAGACAUAACCUGACAUAACCUGUGUUAAGGAACCUCAUAGGUUCCAUGCUCGUUUUGUCGCAUUUAUUGUGAUUAUUGUUGUUAUACAUACUUACACAUACUACACGUCGUCCGAUAACGGUAAAGGCUUGCCUUUCUCACGCUAGGCCACUCAUCGCGAAUUCUGAGUGGCUUACUAACCCUUUCGGCGUCUUAUCGCAUGAUUAUCGCCACUUAUCUAGAAACGAUACGGGACGAAUUCGAACCGCUAUUCUUCGAUAUAUGUGUAAAGUGAACUUUUAGUGCUUGAGACGAGAAGUUUUAAACUUAUAAGAAUGGCAAGCGGACAGGAAGGUGAAUCAGGUGUUACCAUACCUUUGCGAUACACCGAUGCUCACUGGAAGUCAAUAUUUGAAAAGUAUGAUCUUGAUGGAGAUGGGAAAAUAUCAUACCAUGAAUUAAAAGCAAUGAUACGUGGUUCGACAUACACCAAUGAUAUUCCUACGCGAGUAGUUAGAAUGAUUAUGCAUAAAGCAGAUUUGGAUGAUUCGGGAUACUUGGAGUAUCCAGAAUUUAUAGCCAUGAUUCACCGAAGAGAUAUGCAAGGUGUAUUUGGACAUUUUGUACAGAGAUAUGUACAUACUAUGGUACCACAACGUCCAACGAUAUCAGGAUCAUUACAAGCCCGUUACUCCAGUGAUUUACCCGAUGGACAGUAUGAGGAAGAAUACACUUGUAAUCCACCAGCCGUUGCAAUGAUAAUUAUUUCUAUACUAGAAAUUUCACUUUUUCUUUAUGAUGCCAUAGAGCACAAGUCUCUUUCUGUGGAUGGACCUGCUGCAAUGUUGUUCAUUUAUAAUCCAUAUAAGAGAUACCAAGUAUGGAGGUACUUUUCAUACAUGUUUGUACAUGUAGGGGUUUUCCAUCUGGUAGUCAACUUAUUAGUACAAAUUAUGCUAGGAAUUCCUUUGGAAAUGGUGCACAAAUGGUGGAGAGUUCUUGUGAUUUAUAUCGCUGGCGUAGUGGCUGGAUCUUUGGGAACUUCAGUUUCUGAUCCUGGAGUGUUCCUAGCUGGAGCUUCUGGUGGUGUAUAUGCCUUAAUUACAGCACACGUUGCCACAAUUCUUAUGAAUUGGCAUCAAAUGGAAUUUGCGAUUCUUCAGUUGCUAGUAUUCCUUGUUGUCACCAGUGUUGAUAUUGGUCAAGCAGUUUACAAUCGUUAUAUCUUAGAAACCAAAGAUCAAAUUGGUUAUGUGGCACACUUGGCUGGAGCAGUUGCUGGUCUAUUGGUGGGCAUUAAUGUACUUCGUAAUCUUGAAGUUCGAACUUGGGAGAAAGUUGUUUGGUGGGCAAGUGUAUUCACAUAUACAGCACUUAUGGCAGCUGCUAUUUUAUGGAACAUUUUGAACACUUCUUACUUUCCUUCACCGAUGUAAUAAGAUAUGGCCAGUUCAAAGGGUAAUUGAUAAAUUUGUGUCAUAGCGGUGAUUACAUGUUUUAGAAAGUGCUUUAAUUGAUAAUUGAAGCUACUAUAAUAUUUCACCACUUACCAGUAUGUGCGAGCAGCCAUUCAUAAUGUGUUGAAGCAAAGAAAUUUAAGAGACCACAGAGAUAAGAUUUUUACAUACACUCAAGAAUUAAGAAUAUUGUAUGUACAUUGCACAGUGCCUUAAAAUGGUGCAGUUAAAGUAAAUACGACAAUUUACAGUAAAUAAUAAGAAUUGACUGAAUAUAAGAAGUUUUAACAAAUGCACAAAAACAAUGCGAUAAAUGUGUAAAGUUUUCUAUGUAGACCAAAUAAGUAUUGCAACGAAUGAUGGAUGAACUCUGGAUGUAUCCAUCAAACUAGAAAGAGACAAUGUUGUAUUGUUAAAAUGGUACAUACCACCAUUUAUAGUGGUCUUCCAUUGUUUUAUAAGUGAUUAUAAACAAGUAUCAAAAGUACAAGUGAUUAGUGUAAGCAGCUAUUAUAUCGCGUCAUUGUGCUGUAAAAAUAUCUACAUCAAGCACAUUACUGGUUAGCACUAUUAUUGACUAGGCUGAAAAGUGAAAUCAGUGCAAACAGUACCUGUCUUUGACCAUAUGAUUUAAAUAAGUAUUCCUUUGCAUUUUAUCUUAAUCAAACUUGUACUUGUUUCUAAAAAAGUAUUGUUUUUUCUUUUUCAUUGUGUAAUAACUGGUAUUUACGCGUUAUAACAACGUAUCACUACGUAGAUAGUAUACUAUCUUUGUUGUAUAUGACAUGCGGAACAUGAACAUAUUGUCGAUACAACAUUGAAAAGUUAAGCAUUUCCCGUGUAAUUUAUUCCGAUCUCUGUAUAACCCAACAACGCGAUCAUAACGAUUGAAUAGCUUUAUUUGACAGUGGUUUAGCAUUAUUAUAAUGAAUAAAAAUAAUUUUUGUACAAGAAACUGAAACUGAAAGAGGUAUAAAUUGAUGUGUUUUGAAUCAAGUAAAACUGUGAGAAUAAAUAAUUCCUCAAAUGUUCCUUUAUCGAAAUACAUCAUUCUGAAAAAUGUUAUCACUCAUAUCCUGCAAUAAGUUAAAGUAAUUAUUUAUUUUUAAAAUAAGUGUUUUACCAUGCUUCAGUUUUUUUUUAAUUUUGGAAAAAUAUGACCUACAAUUAGAUCGUUAUGUCUCGCUGAGGAUUUAGUUUAUAGUAGUAUAUUUUACAUAUAAUUCAUGGUAUUAGCAUAUAAGUUGCAUCAUUCAGAUUUGUAAGGUCAUAUCCGUCCGAUUGUAACGUAUCUAUUGCAUUUACACAACACAGUAAUUGAUGAACGAGCUUCCUUUUCAUAACUCGUUCUGUAUGAACUGUUUUAUGAUUGAUUUCACUUUUGUUCAUGAUCAUAACUUGAAUAUAAUUAAGAAUUAAGGUGAAAGGAUUUAGGUUCCUAAUAAUGUGGAAACAAAAGGGUAACAUUUUCGAGAAGUGAACACAUUCUCGAAAAUUAUUACAAAUAUAAAAAUGGGGUGUAGGAUUAGUCUAUAAUACUUUUGUAUAAGUGUACUUUAAAAUAUAAUUUAGGUAGACUCUGAAUAGACGGAGUCAGCGAUAUUCACAGUGUAAAAACAAUCUCUAAUAUUACAUUUAAUAAUUAGUUUUGUGACAACAGGACACCAGAGUGCAUUGAAUGUAAGGUGCUCAUUAUGAUUAUUCUAUGUAAGGACGUAAGAAUUGUAAUACAAUGUAAAGAAUCAUAUCGUAUAUUUUGUAUGUUUAUUUAUGAAAAAUAAACCAUAAUAAUUAAGUA